AUGCGACCUCACUCCGCAUUCACUCUUGCCUUUGCAGCCAUAGCCAUCCAAGGCAUAGCCGCGAUCAACUUCGUCUGGGACUGUGCCAACUCCGUCGAUACCUGCAACAAUGCUUGCUACGCCAUGAACCACAAUCUCGCCCCAAGCGUGCUCACCAAAGAUACCCGCGAAACCCAGGUAAAACAGCGCCGCAAGGACUCAGGCUGUAGACGGGGCCCAUGCGGCAAGAAUGCCAAAACAAGCUUCAAGCGGUUCGGGGGUUCAUGCGACGAAUAUCCCUUUGCCACCACCAAGGAGGGUGGUAAAGGUGCCAUCCUGCGUUGCGUCGAUGGCCUUGAAAAUUCAAGCGAGGGUGGCCAACUCAGCGCCUUCUACAAGAAGAUCCCGGAUGGACAAAAAUUCGGCAUUACCAUGACCAACUAUCAGAAGGCCGCCUUUUGCGUCAAUUCCAAGAAGGCCAACGACGGCGGCGAGUUCCGGCUCAAGAACAAUGCAUUCGUCAGCGCCAAGCGCAGUGGUAUGUUGUUUUCAUAUUCAUUCCACCCUGGCUUGCGCAUAUAA